GUGCUUUCACCACAGGUAGGAGAGGCCAAAGCUGUUGGAGAGGCCGAGCAUAUUGCAACAGCUCAUACUGGUAGAAAUCCUGUUGGUAAUACAAUUGGUGAUAUUAAUGGCCAUAUGAAAGCAGCUGCUGAGGAGGAGGGUGAAAAACAGAUACAAAAACAUAUCCCAGCAGAAGAGCAACUAGGAAUUGUUAAACUUUUGCCUGACAAUAUUACUCAAAUGAAUGCUGAUAAUUCGACUGUGGAGUUACCUCUAACUGGACUACCAAGCGCAAAGGCAGAGACAGCAGAGGAGGAAAAGAUUAAGGAGGAGCUAGAGGAUUUAAGAGAUAAUAUCAGAAACAAGGUUACGAAAGAAAAAUUCAACUCUGGGCUUGUGACAAUCAAAGGUGAGGAGGGAUUUUUGAAUCUACCUGAAAGUUGCAAGGAAAUUCAAAUUAAAAGCGGAACAGUGUAUUUUGAUCAGGCAGGAUAUGAUCGCAUGGUUGCUCAAAAUCUUGACACAACACCUUUAAAGCCAGUAUUUUCAAGAGGAAGCCAACCUUUAUAUUAUAAAGCUGAUAUUAAAAAUAUGAAAAUGAAACUACCAUCAGCUCUUAACACCAAUCCACAAAAACUACUAUUUAAUGAGUAUGAAAGUAUAAAUAUUGAAUUUGCUAAGAAAAUUGAUAUAUUAAAUGGUGUUGUAGGAUGUGAAGCCUGGGACAAAUUCAGUGCGAGAAUGAGGCCUAAGGUUUACAAAGGGGUAAGCAAAGGAGCAGACGAAGUACCAGAAUACAUCAAGAAAGAAUUCGAACAAAUUGAAAGUAUGAAGGAUGGAAUGAGGGAUGCCAAGGUUAAUGUGAUAAGCAACCCAGACGGAUCAGUGAUUGCAGAGAUCAAACCACAAUAUGGAAUAAGCACUAAGAUGUCACUUGGAGAAGCAGUUAACAAGGCUGCAGCGAUGGCAGAAAAGAAAUCAUUGGCAGGCAUGUCUGAAAAUAACCUGAAUGUUGGGCAAGAUGAAAAGGUAGAUUACACAAAAGAUUUCAUGAACAAAGUUGAAAAAGAUUUAAAAGCCAAGCAAGGCAGAGAGGAAGUCUUAAACGAGAACAAUUCAUUAGCUGGUGGAAUAUCCGAAACCAUCAAAGGCUUGAAGGGAACUAUCGGAGGUUCUGAAUUGAUCAGAAAACACAAGAGAGAAGGCAGUGAUCAAGAGACGAUUGUAUUUAAUGAAAUGGCAGAAAGAAGUGGAGGAAUGGCUCAAAGAAUGAAAAUGCAACAAGACGAAUUUCUUGAAUCUCUUAGCAGAGUCGAUCAUGCCACUAUUUCUGAACUUUUAAAACACUACCAUGAUGCUUCUAAUAGUGUCAAUUUUCAAGAAAGAUUUUCAGAAACUGACCAGUCUCAGGUCGAUUUUAUGAGCAAAAUCAAAGAAAUAUUUCCAGGCAAAAGCUCCUCAGAAGUAAUGCAGAUGUUCUUUGAAACAUUUUCAGAUAUAUUUAAGGGUCCAAGAUCACGUUUACGUGGUGGCUCUGCAGCAGGCAAAGCAUCACCAUCUUAUGUUGAAAAAUGUCCAUUAAGAUGCUAUGACCCAGUUCUAAAGCGAUGUAGAAAGGAUUGUAUGGGCAACAUGAGUGCAGUAAUGAAAUCCAAAGUGACCAGACUUGUGCCUGGUGGCCAACCCACCCAAAGAGUGGUCACACCAGACAAUAUCAUUAUCUCACAGCCACUAGCAUCUAUGCCUGUUCAAAGAGUAAACAUUGCUCAAAAUGCCAUUACCCCACCACUACUAGCCACACCUGCUCCAAUACAAUCUCAUGUCGAACAGAUAUCACCAUCUGAAAUUUGUAAAUCAGGUCAGACGCUUGGAUGUAUUCUUCAGAGUCAGGUACCUGCUUUUUCAUCACAGGCCCAAACAACGCCAGUGAUAAUGGUGCCUCACGUUCAUAAUCAUCCCGUUCCAUUAGUUUUCAACGGUGGUCGUGUCUAA